ACGACCUUUCCCAUCCAAACCGACUUGUGAAAGGGUCCGCCCGUACCAGUAAGGCAGUAACCAGCCGAUGGCCUGGCCAUCCAUCGACCAUUUGACCCAUACUGCCGUACCGUGUUCGCUCAUCUUCGCCCGCGCGCCAAAUCAAAUCCUACGGAGAACCCUAACACUUCAAAUCCCCCAAAUUCAAUCUUCUCUAAAUUAAUCAAUGGAAGAUGCAAAAUCAACCGAUGAAGACGACCAAUUCCUCGACGCUUCUGAUGAAUUCCCCUUCUAUGAUUGCACUGUCACCUCGGGUUCUUCCCAAGACGAUGCUCCGUCAACCUCGCAAUCCACUCUUUCUCUCUCCUCUUAUCCCGAUUCAAAUGUCACAGGAGCAAGCCUCCGCCGUCGCCGUUCAUUAAGGAAUCGAAAAUCUAGAGAUAGCCGGAGAUUGGAUUCAGAUAAAGUCGAAUCUAAGUCAGAAACCAUCGAAAAGGAGAGUUCUACGGUGACCACGGAUGAAAAAGGCGAAGUUUCUCCGCCCCCACCGCAGCCACCGCCGGCGCCAGUGAGAGAACGUGAAAAUGAUGAUGGGCAGUUUAGUUCGUUGGCAAAUCUUGCUGAAUUGGUAAUUAAAGCAAUUGGGUUUCAGUUUAAUUUGUUAAUUAGCUUUGUUUGUUUCCCUUUUUGGGUGCUUUACUACUCUUGUUUGCUUGCUUUUAACCCAUUACUUAUAAUUGGGCUUGGGAAGAGUUAUUUGAUUGGAAAAUUAAGAGGAUUUUGGAAACUUGUUGGUGAUACAUUGAGUCCGUUUAUGUCUGAAUGGUUGAAUGAGCAUAAGUCAUGGUUGAAGCUCGCAAUGCGUUGCGGAUGGGGGUUGUUUUGGUCGGUUUAUGUUUGCUCCAUUUUAGUGAUUUUGUUGAUUGGAGCAUUUGUGCUUGGUGGGUUGAUGAUGAGGUAUUAUGUUGUUGAAGAGCCAUUCCAGUUAAAGCAGGGUCUGAAUUUCGACUACACAAAGAGCAAGCCGGUUGCGUUUGUGCCUUUUACAACAUGUCCGACUGCCGAAUGGAGGGAUAAAAAUGAUGGUGUGAGUGCUGUUGGGUUUUCUAGGGUUAUACCUCGGAAGCACAAGCUGCAGGCCACUGUUACCAUGGUUUUGCCCGAAUCAGAUUAUAAUAGAAAUCUGGGCAUGUUUCAGGUGAGGGUAGAAUUUCUAUCAGAAUAUGGUAAAGCUCUUGGUAGUUUCAGCCAUCCAUGCAUGUUGGGGUUUAAAAGCCAGCCACUCAACCUGUUGUUGACAUUUUUCAAGAUUGUUCCUCUUGUCACUGGCUAUCUUUCUGAGACCCAAACUUUGAAGUUAAAGUUCAGAGGAUACGGGGAAGGGGUCAUUCCUACUGCGUGCUUAAAGAUAACAAUGGAACAAAGAGCAGAAUUUCGACCGGCAGCUGGUAUCCCUCAAGUAUAUGAUGCGUUUGUACAUCUUGAAUCUGAACUACCAUUCUUUAAACGAAUCUUAUGGUACUGGAGAAGAACUAUAUUUGUUUGGCUCAGUAUGAUGGUGUUUACAGUGGAGAUGCUAUUUGCUCUUGUGUGCUGCAGACCUGUAAUAUUUCCAAGAGCAAGAACACCAAGUAAUGUGACUAGAAGAAACACCCGUGUAACUUCAUAUCCAGUUCAAAGGUAGCAGUCUAAUUACCGUCGAUUCGUGGUUAUUUUUUUCAAUAUAAUUUUGCUGGUUGUAAAAUGUAAAUGCAGUCCAUUGUUGACUUCUUGUAGUGUAAGAGUUCCCUUUGUAUAGAAUGAAAUAACAUGAUGAGCUUUGGUUUCUACUAGCUGUUGCUGUUCUUCAUUUUUUACUACUGGAUGUUUAAACGAAUGCAUAAGUCAGAUUUAUGAGACUUUUUAGUUUAAGGUGGUGUAAGUAUAUCAUGGGACAAUGAUUUUGUGCUUCAUUUAGGAUGGCUGAAUGUAACAUCAUAUGACAAAAAGUGGAGAUUUACGAGCUACAUUUGCUCGUAUUUAUUUUUAUUUUA